AUGGUUUAUAUUGAUUCCAAAGGAAACGUUGUGGAGAAGAAAAGCUCAAUUUUUUCGUUCAUAUUUUCGUUCUUCAGUAUAUUCAUAGGCUUUUUCUUGUCUUUAUUUGGCUUCUCGCAAAGCUCAAACUCUUCUGGUAGUUCUCAUCGGGAUCAAUUGAGAAGAGAUGACGGUCGUUGGCCAGGUAGUGGUGGUCCAGGGGGUCCAGGUCGCCCAGGGCGCGGUGAUGGAUUCAGGAGACCAAUAGGUCGGUUACCUACAAGCUCUGGAAUGUCAUGUCCUCCAAUGGGUGGAUGA